GCCAAAAUAAGCACCAGCAGCGCAGCGGAGUGGAGUGGCCGAGCUCGGACACCUUUUCCACUGGUCACUGUUGCUGGAGUCUGAGGAAGACGUUGAAGGAGUUCAGGACUGCAGAAUCACCAUGAAGACUAUCAGGGUUUUGGUUCUGCUUCUGCUUACAUCUACUCACAGCCUCAUUCCAGGUAAGGAAACUCUUUUAGACUGAGGAGAGUGCUUUUUAAUACAGUGGAGUCACAGUUUAGGGCCUGUGAAAGUCCUGAACUCUCUCUGAAUGAAACCAGUUUGCGUCCACUUUGAUUUUGUAAGUGAACAGAGGACAAAGAAUGCCCUUUUUUCUGAUUUGUACAAAAAAAAUCAACGUAAAAGAUUACUUUGUUAGAAUAUUUCCACAGUUAAGUUUCCUACAUAACAAAAUUUGCAAAAAAAUCCAUGUUGUUGCAUUAAACGCAUACAUUUGUGUGUCUCUUGUACCUUUUGACGGCCUUAUUUCUAAUUCAUUUUGCUAUAAUUUUACAUGUUUUUUUAAAUCAUGUUUAGUUUUGUUUUGGUAUGUGCAAAGAUUAAAAUCUGUGUUGUUCAAAAGACACUCACACUUUGAACGGUACCUCAGAGACAUCCACUCAUGGUGCAUUUCCCGUCAUUCAGGCUGAGAUAAGCCCUGUGUGUGUCUGAAAGUUUACAGUUAGUUUAUGACAUUAUUUUUCUUUAGAUAUUACAGAUCCUGUAUAAAUCACAACCUAAGAGAUGAAAAUACAUGUGUUAAGCAGUCAGAAGGAGUGUCUCCUGGUUGAAGGAAAGGAAAAAGAGGGUGGCUCUCUGUUUGCUUGUUUUCCUAACUCAGAGCCAAAGGACUUUUAACUGUUCUGCAGCAGGCAGAUAGGUGAUCUCACUGCAGAUAGCCAGUGGGAACCAAACUGCCCCCUCUCUCACAGAGACAACAGAUCAUUGUCCUGAGACCCAAAUCUCCAAAGUGGCAGCAAAUCUGCUCCCAGUGCUUGGCAGUAAACAUCUGGAGGAAACACCCUUGCCCCUCAGUACAGCUUAUGCAGCACAGUUGUUUUUUUAAACUAUGAUGUAAAAAAAUCUAUUUUAUAAGAACAAAUUUAGUCAUAAUUCUGCAGUCCUGUCUUUAAAAUCUAUAUCAUCACAUUUUACACCUUUAAAGCCAUAAAAGAACUACUCAAAUAAAAAAUGAUUUUAAACAGACUUGACAGAGAGUUGAGUCGGAGUAUUUAAAAGCUUGAAAAGUUCUCUAUUUUACAGUAUUAGAGGGUCCUAUCAGGUCUAACACAUCACAAAUAAGUCUCUUUAACAGUAUGUGUCUUGGGCUAAUGAAACUGACUAAGACCUGUCCCUAUAAGGACAACAGAUCUGACCUGAGGCUUUACUCAAACAACUUGAGACUCUAAUAAACAUCAGCAGAAAAAUACACAAAUAUUAAGACUUGGAUUUAAAAAAAUGAAAAGAUUUGGCUUGGGACUUGACCACAAAUACUUAACCCUUGACUUGUACUUGUCUCAAAAGACCCAGUGAGACUUGAGAAUAUCCAGAAAUUGGCUAAAAGCUUGACUCGGACUUACAAAGGCUUGACUUGUCCUUGUUUCAGAUUACUUCAGACUUGACUUGAACAUUUCAAACCACUUGAACGACUUGAUCCCAAACAUGACUUGUCUGGCUGCAAGAAAAACUCUAAAUCAUAACAUGACUUGUGACCUGUUCUGAGCUUGACCUGACUUUUGACUUGUCCUGAACUCUCAAAGUAAUUUACUCUUGAUUCAGGAUAUAUACUUUAACUUAGGGUAUAACUUGUCAUCUUAAAUUGUCUAUAGGACUUGUGACCUGACUUUGAAUUUCCCUCUAAACAUCAAAGACUUGUUUUUGUCUGAUUAGAAGGAACUUGACUUGAGAUGGGACUUACCACUGAAGGUUUGCAAUGGACUUGUCCGGUGGGAUUUCUUUAUUUGAAUCUGUAUGAGUAGUUUUACAGAUUUGGGAUUAAAAAAAAAAAUUUUAGGCUUGACAUGGAUUUUUUUUUCCAAGUCUGUUUGGUCAUAAGAGAUCUAACUAGAGACUUGCUGUUUUAUGACUUAAACCUGACUUGGCAGUGUCUUCAGGCCGUAAAGGACCUUGAAUAUCUAACACUUCCUUGAAUUUCCCUGAAUCACUUUUCGGACUUGAAGAGUACUCAGAUCUUAAUAGACUUGUUUUGUGUGACUUUUGAGACUUGGCUAUCUUUCUGAACUACUUCCUACAUGUCUUGGACCUGCUCUAGCGAACUCUCUCAUGUUCAGACAAAUGAAACCAGACAGAGCUGCAUGUGGUCUUUCCUGAAACGUGCAGUUCAGCCGCUCGGUGUCACUGGAGUGAAAUAUGUUUCGUUGGCAUCAUGGCUGACAGUGGUGAAGACAGGAUGCUUCACUGCUUAGGUCAAGGGACAACAAUAGUGUGUCUGGGACAGGAUGCAGCUUCACACUGCUGCAGCACUUGGGACAGAGGAAAUCCACCUCAACUAUCUCACAUUCCCAUCCCAAGUCUGACACUCGGGGCGAGGGCAGGUCUUUGUCUCAGACUCUGGGCUUUAAAGCUUUGCCAAACAGGAAUGAUGAAAAUAUAUAACUGUGAACCCAAUAUAGAGAAUCUGUCAAAGGAAAUGUCUUGCGUAGAUAAAGUUCUGCUGUUGUUUUUAAUCAUGUUUUAUGGGAUUUAUAGAAAACACAAAAAAUAUAGACAAAUAUAUAUAACAAAGUUAUGUGUCUGCUUCACAGUUUCAGCAGAUGACCCAACUAAUACCCCAAUAAAACCACCAACAACAGCAUCACACGUGAAUUUACCACCAGGUAUGUACCUGCCAUUUGCAACCAUGUUUAUUCCUGUCUAAACACUCAGGGUAGGAAGCUCAAAAUCCGUCAUUAUGUCUUACUUUACACCUUUGUAAACAUGUAAAUGAUGUAAACCAUUGGCAGCUCACUGUUUGAUGUCAAUUAAGCCGUUGAAAAAUAAUUGAUUUCAGACAAUAGGUCAUAUUUCAGGCCAAAACAGUGAACUGAAUCCCACACCAGAUACAUUAGACCUUCCAUUAGACAACAUGCAAGCAUUCUGCGUCUGGUUAGCUUGAAUUACCCUUAGCAGGCAAACGGUAUCAGAGCUGCUGUCAAACGAAAGUUAGCAGAGCUCUCAAUUUUUACCACCCUGAGUGUGCUGUUGAGGUAUGAUAGCAAACUCACGAAUUCGCUUCAAUUUUGCACUAGAGAGGGGAAAAAAACUUGCUUCAAUGAGUAAAGUGGCAGAAAAGAGAGUGUCACAUCCACGGUCAUAUCCAUGCAACAUAUACUAGUGUAGCAACAGCUGUUUAGCCUAGCCUAGCCUAGCUGAGCACAGACGAUGGACAUGGGUAACUGUGUUCAUUUUCUCUCCGUUAUGUGUUUCCACAGCAGCACCAACAUCAACAGCAGCAGUAGUAGCAGCUGCAGGUCCAAUAGUAGCAUCUUCUGAGACGGCUGCAAAAGUGACACCAACAAAUGCCCAAGUAAUCCCAGCUCUUACUCAGGUUUCUACUGACAAACCGGCAACAGAGAAGAGUAAGUCAACUUUUCAAUUAGCUUGAGGCAUAACAGCAAGUUGUAAUCUAGCUGAAUUGAGAAAUUUGUGUUUAAUUUAUCUUUUACCAAGCACCUGAGAAGAAUACAACAACGCCAGUGAAGCCAGCACUGCCAGCACUGACAACAGUCAAAGCUGUGACCGAUUUACCUAAUGUUGAGACAACAACCAAAAGUAAGAUGCCUUUGUCAUAAUUUGACUUUGAUUUUGUUUAAACUCUUGUAUGAAUUGUUUGUUGAAUCAUCGCUUGUGAUCUUAUUGUAAUCAUACCAGUUUGAACUUUUUUUCUAUUAGCGCAGACAAAUGAUUCCGUGCAGCCAAGAGCUCACCCUGGAAACCAGCCUGAGACUACUACACCAAAUAACACAGCUAAGACACCAAAUAACGCAAAUAAGACUCAAGGUAAGAAACAAGUGACUGCUGUAAGUAAACUCAAUUUGACCUAAUCCUGUAAAUUUUACAAAAAUAUUUAUUUAAUCUUAUUUUGUAGAUGCUGGAAAGACUCCUGAAAAACAAACACCAGGAAAAGGUAAGUUUGUAGACAAAAUAUGUCCCUCAUUUCUUGUUACGUUAUUCUGCAAACAUUAAAAAAUAAUAAUUUAGUUAUGAUAAAAAAAAAGUGUGGACAUAAACCAUUCUUUCAAUUCAAAUAUACCUUUUUUGGUGUCUGCAGGUUUGGCUACUACUGUCCGAGGUACAUCCUGUUCACUCAUGUUUCCUACUGUUGAGCAUGAACUCCUCCUGAAAAUACUUACCAGCAUUAAAAAAAGAGGCAAAAACCAACAUAAAACGACAUGAAGACAAACUAAUAAAUGUGAUUUUUUGUUGUGUUUGUGUGGAAAUUAGGGAUAUACUAUAAACCCUUAACUGUGGCUUAUCUGUUGAGUUCUUUGUGGCUUUAAAUGGUUUUAUUAUUUCACUUUCCAUUAGCACCACCUCCAACCGUUCCAGCUUCACAGAAGCCACAUACAGACAAAGGAGAAACCACAAAGCAAGGGCCUGGUAAGCUAUAGAGGACGGUUUAAUGGGUUUGAAUCUAUAAAUGGAUGAUAAAUGAAUGUACGGUAGAUAUUUUUUAAUCAUGCUAACAAUCCUUACAUCUGUGCAUGAUUUUCAAGGUUCCCAAACCGGUAGUGAUGAGGAAGCUCCUGCUAAAUCAGGUAAUGGUCCAAGAUAUUUGUGCACUAAACAGCCUGUUGCAUAUGAUACUGGUUUGGCCAUAAGCGAACUGUUGACAAAGCUGACAAGUUGUAGAUCUGACAACUGUGUCUUGAUAUUGUCUUGUUAGACAAAAAGCUGUGGUGGAUUACGUUGCCCGCCUUGGUGGUUGCAGCUGCUUCGGCCAUUAUGCUCAAGUUCAAAUGCAAGAAGGUCCACGAUCAUACAGGUAAAACAAUCAGGAUGCAUCAUGGCUCUGCAGAAUCAAAGUGACAUUAUUUUCAUGUGAUUGUACAUAGUUACCUCUUUUCAUUUCAAUGAGGAAGGAUUUCUUUUUAGAUGAGGUGCUAAUCUGUUGCCUUGUUUUUCACCCCUCAGAAACCAUCGACACUGGAACUGAGAAGUAAGUUAAACCUUGACGUUUUUCAAAACAUGUGUAAAACAACAAAAGCACUCACUAUUUUGUCUAUCUAACUUUCCACAGCGCAUCUUUCCAGAGCAGACCGGAAAGCACUAAAGACGGUGUCAUGCUUCUCGGAGUGAAGUCAUCAGGCGGAGAGGAAAACGGUAAGCUGCCUUCCGUCUAUUUCCUGCGAGAGUUCCUUCCAAGUUCCUUCUGUUUGUGCAUUCUUCCAUCACUUGCUCAAGCUGUUUCUCCAGACACAGUUUUGCAAUUAUUCCAGGGAAGCAACAGGCUUUUAAUAUCUCAUUGUGCUGCAUGGGUUUGUGGGGGCUUUGCUGGGCAACAGAAGGUGUUUCCUGUGAUUUCGCGCCCCCGCCCUCGAACAAGCAGCCGGGCUUGAAAGAUAGGGACUUCCUAACAUAAACACAGAUUAUUUUGGACGAGAGCUAUUGUGUGGCCGGUAAAUGUCAGUGUAGCCCAGACGCUGCAGGCGUGUGUGUUUACGGUGGGUUUAAUGUAUCUGCACAUCCACUGGGUGUGCAUGGUUCAUACAUAGUUUGUGCACAGACUAUGUACCCCUUGAUCCCACCCAUGAAAAAUUUCUCUUGGCAGUAAGUGUCCUGCCUUCCUUCCCUCAUACAAUCAGGCCUGGAUGACUCGACUGCAAGCAUCAGAGGGAAAUCGAGUCAUGCUGUAGGAAUUCUGCUGAGGAAGAAAGUGUUUAUGUCUUUAUGGACUCCCGGGUUUCUUUGGAUUUGACUUAAUGACUUCUUAUCAGACUGUAGACCAGAUCAAACCUGUUGGUCUCUAUAGUAGCUUAAAACUCUACGUUAUUUUCAUUGGCAUUCAUGAGUCAUUCAUCAGCAAUUGUUAUGUUGAAUUUUCAAAACUUAUUUCUGAAAACUUUUGGAUCAGAGAGCAAACAUUGAAUAUUAAACCCAAAUCCGUUACAGCCUUCAGACUAUAACUGGGAUUUAUCAACAUGGUGGCAAGUGACUAAAGGGUUAAAGAAAUGAGUUCCAAUCCAAAAUAAACAUAUCAACAGAUAUUACAAGUCUCCUAAAUUAGAUGACAUAAAAGGCUAUUAUCUUUAGUGGCUGAAUAAAUGUGGCGUUUUCCAUGUGAUCCUAAAAUUUUAUAUCAUUCAUACCUGCCUGACUCUGUUCCUGAUGUUUCCAAAAGGAAGCAGGGAAAGCAUAAUAAAGCAUUAGCAUUGCUACCUGCUACUGACCAAACCUUCUUCACAAACCACGCUCUUGAAAACAAGCACAUGUAAUUUCUCCCUGUGCUGCUGGAAUGCUAUUCUAACUCUUUGACUCUCAGCUUCCCCUGCAAAGAUCUGUAUGUUUUCUUUCUUCUGUUGAAAGCUCUCGCUACAACUCCAGUUUCCAAAUUCUCCAACAGGUCCAACAUCUCACUUCUGUGUGAUUGACUGGGAUUUGUCACAACGUUGCAUGUCUCACUACAAAUGUCUUCGGUUUACCUUUUGCUGCUAUUUGUUGGCCAGUAUGUCUUUUGUUUACAGAGAAAUAUGCAUAUGCAAAUUGUAAAUAGAGACCAAGGGCCAAAAUGUACUUCACACUCAAAAUACAGUCAAAAAGAGCAUUUUUUAAUCAACAUUUUGAAAAAAUUUUCAGUUGCAGCUUAUUUAUUUUACGAUUAGUGAGUAAAUAUUUGUGUUGAUUUUUUCAGAAUAUUUCAAACUCCUUUAUAGAACUCUUAUUUUGUAAUGCUCUGCCAUUACCCUUGUGGAGAUAGGCAGGGUGAGUUGUCGAGCGGCAACUUAGCCCCCUCUGUUGAUUAGCAGCCAGUCUAAAUUACCAUGGUAAUGCAUACUGCACUCUAACAAGUCAAUGAAGCACUUUUAUCUGUUAACCAAUUCUGCAUAUUUUAGAUAGAAGACAAAUUUUUUGACAACAUAGAUUUGUUUUGAUCUUUGUGAAGUUUCAUGUGUUGCCUCCAUUAUGUGUAUUUCAGCUGCUGCAAGAUAAAAAGGACAAAAACAUCAAGGAUGGCCCUUGGACGAAUCACAGCAGUCGCCCACACACUGAUAGUCUGGAGGAACAGUUGGAUAUUUUUGAUGAUAUUUUGUGAAGGGAAGAUGUGUUUUACAGUAGUUUGAUGUAUGAUUCCUUAUACUCAAGGCAGUCUAAUAAAGCAGGAUUAGAGGCUGUGAUCAUGAAUCUCUGAUUCAGUGAAUUUACUUCAAAAAUGUCAUUUUUAAGCAUAUUUCAGAAUGAUAUUGUAAAGCAGAUGUUUUCUCUUUUUGUGUUUGGUUACACAACAUGUUUUCUGUACAUUGCACUGACCUCAACUCCAUAACACAUUUUAGUUGUAAUUAAUUCCUGGUUGUUUCAUGCUCAUAUAAUUGUCCUUGGCUUAUUUGGAAACUAUCAUUUAUUUGUCUUGAACUGUUUUUUGUAGAUUUUUAAAGUUUUGGUUGUUGAAGUUAUCAAAGGAGGUAAAGGAAGAAAAAUGUGUAACAUUUCUUGUGUGUCUUUAAGUACUUUUUAAAGGGACGUGGUAAAAUGAUUCCUGAAACCUGCAACCUUUUGCAUGACUGUGCAUUCACAACCAUUCUCUGUGUGCAACAAGCCUUGUACUGUAAUUUUGAGAUUUUUAUUUCAUUUAAGAAAGUAUAACAUUCAAGCGCAGGACAGAAAUAAAUGCAGAUGCAGGGGAUUAUAUUUAAAGACACUGGAACUACUUUAUGGCUUGAACUUGUUGUUCUGCGCCUCAGAGUUCUUAAUAAAUCACUGGAAAAAUUGGA